CAAAGACUUUAAACGGCCCUCACGAACCAAUUUGGACUCAUUCCUCUACUAUUUUUCUCAAACACUUGUUGGGGGGUUCUUCGAGGGCAAUGGAGGGCUCCUCCUCCUCCUCAUCCUCGCAGCCGUCUGAUUCAAAUCCAACGUCUAAUGGCGCUUCCCAGUUCCUCUCCAACCUUCCUUCCCGUGGCCUCUUCUCCUCCACCGUUCUCUCUUCAAAUCCGGGUGGAAUGCGAGUUUAUGUUUGUGUUCAUGACACAUCGCCACCAGAGGGUCAACAAAUAAAGACAAAUCAACAAAACAUAUUGAUUAGGUCGCUUACACUUAGGAACAAGAAGAGUGAAUCUGGUUCAAGGGAUGCAAACGGUGCUGGUGCAGCUGAAAGUUCUAAAAAGAGGGCUCCUGAAAGGCAUCCCGAAAGCAGGCCUACAGCUAAGAGAUCCAAUAGUCAUAGUAGUUCUCGACAAGAAGGAUCAACUACCCAACAAGCACCGAUUAGGGACUACCAGGCUUUAACCGUGGAGAGGCUUCGUGCACUUCUGAAGGCAAAAGGUCUUUCUUUAAAAGGAAAGAAGGAUGAGCUGAUUUCUCGCUUGAAAGGUGCAAGUGGUUCAGCAUAGUUAAGACGGCAAGGAACAAAUCCGCUCUCUUCAUGUGUACUCUCUUCAGAUAAUGAAACUGGAUGGUUUUGAUCUUUUUGGAUGUUACUUCAGAAAAUCUACGCAUGGGUUUUUCAUAAUGUAACAGGAAAAUGAGGUUUGGAAGGUGGGUGAGUGAAAAAAAUGGAGCUUGUAAGAUCUGUUAAUCUUUGAAAUGCUUUUGUACCUAUGUUUCAUAUCUUUUAAAGCCACCUUGGACAAAGUUGCCUCUUUCACAAUGAAGCAAUCCUGGUUAACUCA